CUCCAGAGCUUACUAGCCUAGCGGGAAGGCCGACGCACAUGGAGAAUCAAAGCAGUAGCUCAAGCUCGUCGACGAUGAUCCUCCACAACGCCCUGAUUGUCACCAUGGACGCCGAAAGCCGAGUGUUUCGGAACGGCGCGAUCGUCAUCGAGCACGAAGAAAUCAAAGCCAUUGGACACUCUCCUCAAAUCCUUCAACAAUUCUCGGAUUCCGACCACCAGAGUGUCGAUCUCCGCGGCCAAAUCUUGCUUCCCGGUCACCUCCUUUCUUUCCACUGUUAUUUUUCUCGGAAUAUUCUGUUUGGUUCCCGAGAAACUUGAUUUUGACUAUUGUUCUCUAGCUGCUCUACAAUUUUGAAGUUACAUACGAUAGUCAAUGCUUAGAAUAUGUGUUUGGGAUGUAAGUAAAGGACUACAAAACUGCUGGGAUGAUGUUACCUUAAUUACCAGAAGAAAAAGGAAAAUGCGGGUCUUAGAUUGAAUUAUUUGUACUCUUUGUUUUUCCCUGAUUAAUUUCUUGAAAAUAAAGCAUAAAUGGGAUA